GUCGAUCCUUGACAAGCUGAGACCAGACCAAGAUUCUCGCGAUUUGCUGAAAACAACCUCGGUCUCACGCCAUUCGGAGCUUGCAUUCCCUUCGCCACUACUGCAAGAUGCCUCCCAGGCCGACAAACUGGAGAUUAUGGGGAAAGAUGGCGGCAGCUGGCGCCCUCUGCUGCAUCGGCGGUCCCGCACUCGUCUACUACGUGUCACCCACCGAGGAAGAGCUCUUUCUGAAGUAUAAUCCCGACUUGCAGAAGCGGAGUCUGGAAAACAGGGCUGGGAAGGAACAAAACUUUGAUGAUUUCGUCGGCAAAUUGAAGGAAUAUUCGAGGUCGGACAAGCCGAUAUGGGAAGCUGCUGCCAUAGCUGAGAAGAAAUCGAGGGAUGGAAAGAUUGCUGAGCAAGUCAAGUUAAGUGAGGAGAUCGAGGCGAGGAAGAAGGAGAUACGGAAUGCGGGAAUAAAACCCAUGCCAGGUGGAAGCUUGUGAAUGUGCUGAUAUGCUACGACUUGGUGUACAUUACCGGCGUUGCGGUUUGCUUGGGUCAAAUAUGGCAGGUAGGAAAUCGAAAUGUCCCAUCUUCAUACGAACAAGGAGCAUCCCGAGUCAUUGUACCGAAAGCGACGCGAGGGAUAAUUGCCUCUGGACGUUUGUCAGAAAGGAACCAAGUUAAGCUUCACCAUUCUGCUCCUCGAGCAAGAAUUUUCUACUCCUUGUGGCCAG